CCCAGCCCGGUGAGCGCGGCCGGCCCGGGGCACGGCGGGGUUCGGAACCGCUUUUAUGGCAUUUCAGUUUGUUGCUGUCGCUGUGACUCGGCAGGUCCAGGUGGGGACGGAUCCCUUUUCCCAGCCACUCGUGCAGGGACGGCGGCCACCGAUCCCCGGUGUCCGGGAGCUGCGGGGGACAGGUCAAGGUGUGCUCCUGCCUCUGGCUCCAGUGCCCGGGACCGUGCGGGGAAAAACAGGCCAUGGAGAGGCUGGAGGAGGAGCUGAGCUGUGCUGUGACAUCUCGGUGGAGCCGCGGGACGUGCAGGGCUCACCCCCAGCAGCCGCUGAACAUUUCCUGCUGCAGGACCUGUGGCUGGGGAGCCUCAGCAUCGAUGGACUCCAGAGCUCCUCCAGGAGAGCCAGGGAGGCUGAGGGACAGCUCCUGCAGGAGCUGAUGGAUCGCUCCAAGGUGUUUGUGUGCUCCCACAGGCUGCAGCAGCACACGCGGUGCCAGAGUGCCCUGCAGAGCGCCAGGGAAGCCAUGCUGUGCUGGUUUAAGGAGCUUGGUGAUGCCUUGGAGAAGGAAAAAGCAGCUCUGCUGUGUGCUGGAUGAGCAGGGCAGCUGCAUCUCAGAGAAAUGAGAUUCCACCAUUUCCUUAUGGAGGAGGUGGAAGAAGUGAAGUUAGAAGAGUUAAAGGAGCUGCAUUCAGCUGUUCAGGAGGAGUCCCUGCUGCUUUUCCUGGAGAAGCUGGACAGGCUGCAGCUGCAGCUCCACACUCUCAGAAUGAAGCAACUCCCAGAGCCUGAGCCUGUGGAGACCCAUCUGAGGAUGGAGAAUGUGCUGCAGGACACGUGGGGUAAAACUGAACUCGGGCAGCUCCACGGGAUUCCCACCCCAAAGCUCCACCUGGCUCACAAAAACCAACGCUCCGGAAAGCAAACGGCGCCGUCUGCACCCUGGGCUGCUCUUACUGAACCAAACUUUUCAUUCUUCUGCUGAUCCUGAUCUCACUUGUGUGGUAAUGGCACGAGGAAAUCUCACCUGGCACCAUCCUGGCUCCUCUGGAGUGUCUCUGGGAAUUCCUGCUGCAGAUUUAUCAGGAUUCCUGCCUCUGCCUGCAGGACAGAGUGCGAGAGCUGUGCCUCACUUCUGCCCGAGCUCUGGAGUCGUGCAGAACAAUUCUUCCUGCUUCAAUUAAACUGAAAUCCUAGUGCAGCAAUCCAGCAUUAUCUUCAAUUUCUACUUAAAAGCUGUUAAAGCUCUACACUUGUUCUGUUUCUCUAUCCUUCCUUUCCUGUUUUGCAUGGAUUUCCCUUGAACUAAAGUUUUGAUCCAAUUAAGGUGAGGAGAGUUUUGCCUCAAUCCACAACUUGGGAAUUUGGUCCUUAACAUCCUCCUGGAAUUCUUUGCCAAAGAUCAGGUGCAUUGCUGAGCUUCUCCUGUCACUCUUGGCAGUUUUACAUUAUAGUAAAAAUCCCUUAAAUUGC